AUGUGUGAUAAUCAUAUAUACGAUGAUUCUAGAAUGUUUGGGAUUGAAUUGGAGGGGUUUUGGGGGUUCUGUAGAGGAAAAUCACGUUCCGAGUUUUACACGUCUGAACUGUCUCGCUUAGUGAAGGGCCAGCAACACCAGGCUAGUGAUAAGUUCCGUGGAUUGGGAAACUUUUCGCCAACGUUCAAGGGCAGAUAUGAUCCGAAGGGUGCGCGGGCAUGGCUCAGAGGACUAGAGGCUGUUGGUAAUGAGAUUACUUGGGCUGUGUUUAGAGCGUAUUUUCUAGAGAAGUACUUUUCUGAGGAUGUGCGCAGUAAGAAGGAGAUUGAGUUCCUUGAGAUGAAAAAAGGGAAUUCGAUAGUUGCAGAGUAUGCUAUGAAGUUUGAGGAGCUAUGGAGUUUUGUCCACACUAUAACGGUGCAACUGUUGAGAGGGAAUGAUCAGAAUCUUGGGAAACUGUAUAGUGCUCCAGCUAACAAAGGGAAAUGGAAGGCUGACCAUAAAUAUGUAGGUGGGAAAGAGCUAAGUGGGGAGGGACUCUUACUACUGAUUAAUAAUCUGGCCUGCUUUAACUGUGGAGAGCGGGGUCAUAUUAGUACUCAGUGUGAGAAACCUAAGAAGACUCAGUCUAGAGGAAAAGUUGUUGCUUUGAGUGGAGUAGAGACUACAACAUCUGAUAACCUGAUUAAAGGUGUUACAUAUUCGUUUAUAUCUGUCGAGUGUGUGUCGAGGUUGAAUUUGGAAGUUUCUGUUAUGUGUGGUAGCAUGGUCAUUGAUACUUCAACAAAUGGUUCAUUGACUACUUUGUUAGUGUACCAGAAUUGUCCUUUGAUGAUUUAUGGUAUAGAUUUUAGGAUUGACUUAGUGUGUUUGUCUCUAAGUCAACUUGAUGUUAUUCUGGGAAUGAAUUGGUUGAAGUUCAACCAUGUGUUUAUCACUUAUUUUGAUAACUCAGUCCAGUUUCUUGAAUCCAAAGAGAAUAAGGAAUCAAGUUUCAUGACCAUGAGAAAGGUAGAGAUGUCCUUGAGUGAGAGUGAUCAUGUGUUCAUGGUGUUUGCAUCCUUGAGUGGGGGAAGCGAGAGAAUGAUUAAAGAUCUACAUGUUGUAUGGAAUUUUCAUGAGGUGUUCCUAUAUGACAUUAGAGAUUUUCUGCCAGAGCGUGAGGUAGAGUUUGCUAUAAACUUAGUAUCUGAUACUAGUCCCGUGUCAAUGGCUCCUUAUAAGAUGUCUGUUGCAGAGCUGAGUGAGUUGAAGAAACAGUUAGAGGAUCUUCUUGAGAAGAAGUUUAUUCGACUAAGUGUUUCACCAUGGGGAGCACCAAUGCUAUUAGUUAAGAAGAAAGAUGGUAACAUGAGGUUGUGUGUUGAUUAUCGAUAA